UCCGGGGCCCGGUGGCGGCGGGAGUCGUCCAGCCGCGGCCUGGGGUCGCACCAGGCCGACUCUGGACCGAGUGUGAGAAACCACCCCACCCCCUUUCCAAUCUUGGGUGCCAUGAGGUGGUCUGGAGUGACCCCUGACGAGGGAGACUGGGCUUUGUGCCUGGAUCCGACCCCGGGUUGUGACCCCCACUGGGUCCGCCUCGGCGACUGAAUCAGGCUCCUCUUCUCCAGAAAUUUCAUAGAAGCAGAGGACUCCUGAGUGUAAGAGGGGUGGCUUUUUUGGAAUCUGGUGGGUCCUUGACACAGAAAACGGAACUUUACUCCAAUCCUUGGGGUCAGAAGUGUUUUCAAAAUCAGAUUUUGAAGGAUUUUUUAAAAACUUUAUGGGAGUCUCCCUGGAGUAUCGACCCAUCUGCAGAGACCCCUCUCCUGAGAGAAAAUGGCUACAGGUCUUAUCAUCCAGAAUGGAGAAGAACAGGAGGGACCGUUGAGAGUAAAGGUGGAGGAAGAUAACUUUUUUGUACAAGAAAUUGACUUGCAGCAGAACAGCCAGUCCAGCCAGGAGGUCUUUCGCCAACGCUUUAGAUGGUUCUGCUACCAGGAGACACCUGGACCCAGGGAAGCUUUAAGCCAACUCUGGGAACUUUGCCAUAAGUGGUUGAGACCAGAGAAUCAUACCAAGGAGCAGAUCCUGGAGCUGCUGGUGUUGGAGCAGUUCCUGUCCAUCCUGCCCGAGGAGCUCCAGUCUUGGGUGCAGGAGCAUCAUCCAUUGAAUGGAGAUGAGGCUGUGUCUUUGCUGGAGGAUUUGGAGAGAGAACUUGAUGAUCCAGGAUUUCAGGGCACAUCCCACGCAGGUGGACAGGAAGUACUCUGGAAGGAAGUGAUCUCUCUCGGAGCUGCACAACAGUCAUCAAGGUAUCAGCUCCAGCACAGGGAGACCCUGCUCAAGCAUGACUGUCUGGAACCCCAUUCCCUACAAGAGAGAGAAAGUGAGACCAAGCCUGAGACUGGGAAGUUGGGUCCAAACCAGAAAGUAUCCAAAGGAAUGGCAUCACAGAAGAUGAUACUCAACAGAAUCUGCAGAGGCAGCACCAUUUUCCGGGGUACUCAUUUUGGAGACCUUCGUGAAUGCAAGGACAGGUUGGGAAGGCAUCAAGGAAAUUCAGAGGAAGGAAAAGAACACAGAUGUGAUCAGUGUGGGAAGAGCUUCAUGCACAGCCUCAGUCUUAUUGGACAUCAGAGAAUCCACACGGGAGAAAAACCCUUUCAGUGUAAAGAGUGUGGGAGAGCCUUCAGUCAAAACACAACCCUGUUUAAACACCUCAUAAUUCACACUGGUGAGAAACCGUAUCAGUGUAAUCAGUGUGGUAAAAGUUUUAGUCGAGGCUCAGUCCUUAUUAAACAUCAGAGAAAUCACACUGGGGAGGAACCUUUUGAGUGCUGUGAAUGUGGUAAAACCUUCAGUAACAGCACAGGAUUUGCUCAGCAUCAGAGAUAUCACACUUUAAUAAAAUGUUACCAGUGCAGUGAUUGUGGGAAGGCUUUCAGGGACAAUUCCAACCUCACUAAACAUCAGCGAAUUCACACAGGAGAAAAACCCUACGAAUGUGAUGAAUGCGGAAAAGCCUUCAGUGGAAGUUCUGACCUUACUAGACAUCACAGAAUUCACACUGGGGAGAAGCCCUAUGAAUGUGACGAGUGUGGGAAGGCCUUCCGUCUGAGCUCACAUCUCACUGAACACCAGAGAAUCCACAGCAAAGAAAAACUCUAUAUGUGUAGUAAGUGCGGAAGAUCUUUCAAACAGAGGUCAGGUCUCUUUCAACAUAAAAAAAAACACAACUAAUCAAAAUCACAUUGCUUUAAGUAUUAUAGUAAAAAUGUUAAGCAGCAUUUAUUCCUUGCAGAAUUCAGAGAAGCCACGUGAGCACUCUCAAUAUCUGUCAACAUCUCAAUUUCCUCUGACAUCAAAGUACCCACAGACUAGAUUCUUCCUUUUUCAGAGUAAGCUAAGUCAGAUUUUCUAUUUCUAGGCUUCAGGCCUGGCUAAUUAAAAAUGUAAAGCUUCAGAAUGGCUGGUCUCAUCCUAUUCACAAUUAAAUCAAAUUUAGAAAAAAGUGCAUACCCACAACCCAGAGUUGAAAGUACCAUAACAUAUCUUAAGUGAAGAGUUAAAGGUUUAGGCAUUGCUUUUCUUCCUCACUUUUUCUUCCUUUGCUUUAUAUAUGUGUGGUGAUCAACACCUUAGUAACUUAUUAUUAUGUUGCUUUAAAAGGGAGUUGACAUGAGAUGAGUAAAGAGAACUAAGUUCUAGUAUUCACUACACCACUGCGUGGCAAGUGACCUUAGUCAAGUUGCCCACACAUUCUAGGCCUUAGAUUCUCCAUCUGUGAACUAUGGGAUUAGAAUAUGUAAUCUCUCGAAGGUCCUUUCCAGCUCCACAGUUAAAUGAUUUUUGUGAAUGACAUCAAGCCUCUAUAUUUAAUUCCUUAGCCUGACAUUCAAGAGCCUGCUCCACAAAUGUGUCCAAUAUUUCCAGUGUUGUUUUCCUUUACUGUCCUACAGGAGCUCCAUGCUCCUAUUAUACAGGUCUUACUUUCCCCAGGCACCCCAGGUACACUCAAGCUUCCAUGUCUUUGUCUUUCAUUCUUCCCCCUUCACACCCUGAGUGCCCACUUUAUCUUUGUUGUUUCCCCAACUAAAUUUUAUAUAUGUUUUACUGUAACCCCAUUUAAAAUAAACAAGCUUUCUGAGUGCUGAA